GUGGGACAGUCAAAGCGAGUUCAAUUUCCAAGAAAGUGGCCUACGGUGUGCAAGUUCAACUGAUUCUUGGCGCGCAUUCAGUCACCACGAGGCACAUGUAGUUUCCCCUAGUAUCUGGACAUCAUAGUGCAAGAGAAGCCGUGUUUUCUACCCGAGUCUGCUGGACGCCGAGAGCACCAUUUAAAUAAUUAAUGCCAUAAAUAUUUACCAACACACACAGUCCACAGUACAUUACCGAGCGCUGGGAACUUCAACGUGCAAACAUGACCAACCAAGGAGGAGUUACCUUUGGCUUUAUUUCAGAUCAACAUCCUAUCAUCAACGACAUGGUGAACAGCAUCAAGAAAAUGGUGGCAGCUCAUUCGGUGCAAAAAUGUUUUUUGGUAAAUAACACGUUCGCCGCGAGGCCCGAUGUACCCAACAUAAUGGUGUCAUUGAAUUGUCCCGUGAAUGAGAGGAAGAUUAAAGUGCCGUGUCGCGGCUUAGCCUGCACACACUUUCUGUGCUUCGAUGCGGCAGCUUAUCUGGUGAAGAGCCUGUGUGAAAAUCGCUGGACAUGUCCACUGUGCCACAAGUGGACACCAUUCCACGAACUCUGUAUCGAUGGAUAUUUUCUGCACGUUCUACAGUCUGGUCUGCUGGAGCAACUCGACUUUGAGAUAAAGGUGCACAGGAAUGGCGCAUGGAGUGUGCCAGGUCGCGAGUACCAAAGCAUUUCGUACAUAAGUGCCUAAGAUAUCUGAAGAUCAUUUCAGAAGAUCAGCGUCACAAAAUGGAUAAAUAAGAAUAUUUGCAGAAAGU